GCUACCCGUCAAGAUGGCGAUGCGUAUGUCUCAACAUGCCCCUCAUUCCGAGCCACCAUACUGACCAUCUCAUCUUCGUUUCGCCAGAGCUUGACUUGUCCCAAGGUACAACACUUCCUCGGAAUAACCGGUGAUCCUAGAUCGCUCCGCCGCUAACAUUACCCGCCAACAGCUUCCGUGUUGAAGGAUGAAUCGGGCCGGCCGUUCAUUGUCGUUCGAGAGUACGUUGCGGCCACCCUAUAAUGAUGAGUUCGGAGAUCGGUUGCUGAUACGCUCGGUUCUCUACAGCCAGGGAAAGAAAAAGAGACAGCAUGGUAACGAUGCGGUGAAGUCUCACAUUGUUGCCGCCAAAACCGUUGCCAACAUUGUGAAAUCUUCUCUGGUAGGACCUUAUCAACAGCCCAUCAAUACCACCGACAUCUAAUAAGAUUAGGGUCCUCGUGGUCUCGAUAAAAUUUUGAUCUCCGCAGAUGGCGACAUCACCGUUACCAACGAUGGCGCUACCAUCCUGGGUCAGGUUUGUCGCGCCGCUCCUCGAAACCCCUCGUUCCAAUGGCUCCGCUAACUCACCGACCUUUGAAGAUGGAAAUCACAAACAACGUCGCCAAGCUCUUGGUUGAGCUUUCGAAGUCCCAGGACGAAGAGAUUGGUGAUGGAACAACUGGUGUCGUCGUUUUGGCCGCGGCCAUGUUGGAGCAGGCUUCCGAUCUCAUUGACAAGGGCAUCCACCCCAUCCGUAUCGCCGAUGGCUACGACCAAGCCUGCGAGAUUGCCGUUUCGAAGCUUGACGAGAUUAGUGAUUCGAUUCCUUUCAGCCGGGAUGACACAAGCAACCUGCUGCAGGUUGCAAAGACCAGCUUGGGUAGCAAGAUUGUCUCCAAGUCUCACGACCAGUUCGCCCAGAUUGCCGUCGACGCAGUGCUUUCGGUUGCCGAUCUCGAUCGCAAGGAUGUCGAUUUUGAAUUGAUCAAGGUGGAUGGAAAGGUCGGAGGUGCUCUCGAAGACUCUUUGCUUGUUAAGGGUGUUAUUGUCGACAAGGACUUCUCCCACCCUCAGAUGCCCGACGAGGUCCGCGACGCCAAAUUGGCCAUUCUCACCUGUCCGUUCGAGCCCCCCAAGCCGAAGACCAAGCACAAGCUCGACAUCACAUCCGUUGAGGAAUUCAAGAAGCUGCAAGACUACGAGAGCGAGAAGUUCACAGAGAUGAUUCAUAACCUGAAGGAUGCGGGUGCCAACCUGGUUAUCUGCCAAUGGGGUUUCGACGACGAGGCCAACCACCUUCUGCUCCAGAACAAGCUUCCCGCUGUGCGGUGGGUCGGCGGCCCUGAAAUCGAGCUGAUCGCUAUCGCAACGAACGGUCGCAUUGUUCCCCGAUUCGAAGACCUAAGCUCGGAGAAGCUUGGAACUGCCGGCAGUGUGCGGGAGAUGACUUUCGGUACCACCCGUGAGAAGAUGCUUGUCAUUGAAGAUUGUGCCAACAGCCGUGCCGUUACGAUAUUCGUACGAGGAAGUAACAAGAUGAUCAUCGACGAAGCCAAGCGUUCGCUGCAUGAUGCUCUUUGCGUCGUUCGCAACUUGGUUCGUGACAACCGAGUUGUGUAUGGUGGUGGUGCUGCCGAAAUCGCUUGCGCUCUGGCUGUGGAAGAUGCCGCCGUCAAGAGCCCCGGAAUCGAACAGUACGCCAUGCGCGCUUUCGCUGAUGCGCUGGAUGCUGUACCGAUGGCCCUCGCCGAGAACUCUGGAUUGAGCCCCAUCGAGACCCUUGCCUCGAUCAAGUCGCGCCAGGUUAAGGAGAACAACUCCCGACUGGGUGUCGACUGCAUGUUGACCGGUAACAACGAUAUGCGGGAGCACUUCGCCAUUGAUCCCCUGAUCAGCAAGCGACAGCAACUGUUGCUCGCUACUCAGCUCUGCCGCAUGGUUCUGAAGAUCAACAACGUCAUCAUUUCUGGCGACGACGAGCAGGACUUCUAGAUUUCUUGUAAACAGGUUUAACGGCCAAAAAUGAAAUGCCUUCAAUAUUAUACUACAUAAGUUAUGCCAUGAUUAAUCAGGUUGGAGUUCUAUGUAAGACAUGGCGGGUACAUAGAAAAAAUCUGUUGAAAUGAAAGGAACGAAAUUCAAGAAUGA